AAACAGCUGACAUUUUCUUUUUAUUCCAAUAAAAGAAUGGUGGCAUCUCAGCUUAACGAAACGUCAAAAAAUGCGAAAAGCAGAAAGAAAAACGACGAAAAACAAAUUAAUUCCUUGCUUGCAAAGUGGUAUACACAUAGUUUUCUGAAUAUUUUAAUAUACUUUUAAAAAAUUAAGUAAAAUAAAACGUUUAUUUAUUUUGUAUUAUUAGACAUAACCAUUUUCGCAUAUUAUAGAAUGGCUUUGUCAGUACCCAGUGUUCAAAAGAGAAGCCGGACCACAGCAGAACAACUAAGUCGCAUGGUGGACUUUUUGGCAGAAACGCCGGGAUUGGCAGGAUCAAGGUUCCAGAAGCUUCAUGGCAAGUCGGACUGCGACAAGAAGUGGAGUGAGCUAGCGUCAAUGCUGAAUAGCCUUGGUGGUUCGGUGAAGAACGUCGACCAAUGGCGCACAGUAUGGAGGGAUUUGAAGAGCCGUACUAGUAUUAAGGUGCGUGAUAGAAAACGAAAGCAGGCAAUGACGGGAAACAAUCCCAUUAAUGAAGAGCCACCCACUGAGCUAGAGAGGCGUGUGAUUGCCCUUGUCGGUAGCGACUAUGUGCAGGGCCAUGAAACUGUGUCUGAAAGUGUGCCAGUGGAAGUCAUUAGGAACUCCAACUUCGUAUGGAAGAGAGUGAUGAAAGUGUCAUCAUCGAGAUGUCAUCCCACGAAGUGAGCAUUGAGAUUUGCACAUCGUCUCCUGUAACUCCUGCAGGAAAAACGCCUCGUAGAGGUGCAAAAAGAAAGCGUGUGGACGGUGGUACCGAGGCCCAAAAAAAAUUUUUGGAAAUUGCUCAGA